AUGUUAACUGGCUUUAAGGAAUUGCCCGAGGUCCGCAUGUCGAUGCCGUUGGCGGCGCGCGCGCCUGAUCCCUCGGCGCUGGCCGCCUACUGGGCGGAAUAUGAGGACCUGUGCCGUCAGAUCAGUCCAGGGCCUCAUAUUGAUGAUGACGACACCCACUAUGAGGGUAAGUUAUUACUAUUUUUGACUGAACAAACAACAGACAUCAUUCGGAAAAAGACUCACACUGAUAAAAUAGACUUAAGAACAAAAAAGGCAAUCUUAAAUUGGUCAAAACAAAGUUAUAUAAAAACUUGGUCACCGGCAAACGUUGUUUUGCCAUAGAAUUCUCGAUAAACAGUAACAGGUGUAAUAUUUCCCCUGCAGAUAAUUUGUUUAACUAUAACAUCUGUCACAGUUAAAUAGAUCACUCGUAUUGAAAGUUCUAUUUACCUAGUUAAUAUUGUAAGACAGUAGAUGGCAACACAAUGUGCUUAAAUGUACUCUUAAUUAAUCAUAAAAAAAUGUUCAUCAAAUGCAUUUCGCACGUGUAAUGAAGUGGGUGACUAAAAAUUUAUUAGCUCAAUUGGUCCUGGAUGUACCUACAUUCCUCAACAACCACCAAUCGGUACUGGGUCAGCGCAGCGUGGUGCUAUGCGGCCCUUUACCCCUAUAUUUUUUUCAAAUUUAUUUACCAACGUCUUAUUUAUACAACGUACAAAAAUAGCAAAUCUUAUAAAUAUCUUCGUACAUGCAAAGACAAUUAUAGAUAAACAAUGCAAGCAAUCCAGCAACUUAAUAUCUAUCUAUAAAGUAACAGGAAUAGUUUAUCAGCUAAAUUGUACUUAUUCCUAAUUAUUAAAAUAAUUAUAUAAGAUUUCAAUACAUCCAUAAGGAAGGUUUGUGCCCCAGCACAGUCUGUAAGGCUAUUAAUAAGCUGAUGUUGAAUCUUGGUUUCAUUUAAGGUAGAAACGUAUCUACGUACUCAUGUCUAUGAGAGAGACUUCUCCUUAUUCAGCCAUUUUCAACUGCUUGGGUGUUGGCCUCCUUUAGUUUCUGCCAUCUUCUUUGUUUCAAUAAUUUCGUUCAAGCUGUUCUUUUUAUGUCGUCACACAAACGCAUCUGUGGUCUGCCUUUCAUCCCAUGGUCGCACUUAGGGAGACAAACUCAUUAAACUACAACCAACACGUUAUUAGUAACCUAUGUUCCUCUAACAUACAAGGAGGUUACAACACGAUAUGACAUUGCUGCUAUAAAUGUAUCGUUUGCAAUAUUUAUCCUUCUUGCUAAAGCUGCGAUAUUGCGAGUUGCAGAAAACAAUACACAUAUAUGAAAAUAUUAAGUCAAACGUUUUUCAUAAUGUAUGUUGCGUUGUCGAUGGCGAUGGAACCGUGAGUUUGUUUAUCACACUCCGAUUACGCUGCAACACCUUAAAGUGGUUUCGUAAGUGUUGGUAUCGUUUCAACAUAAUGUUUGUUUAUUGGAUUGAUUAACGAUAAUAGUGUAGGCCAUCGAUUCUCUUCAAUUUUGUAAUGCUAAUUACAAAUUAGUUGUUACUGUGUGACUUACGUCUUCAAGGUCGAAACAAGACUCUUCGAAUC